UCGCCGGCGCUCAGUCGCCGUUUGCUGCUCCCCUCUGCGGCACCUGUGUUCGGUCGCCGGCAACCUGUUCAAUUGUGCAUUUUGUUUCUCGCCCGGGAAACUUCCAGCUUCGAGGCAGCUGGCCCAUUAUUAGUGAGUCGUCCGCUUUGCGCCCUGUGUGUACACCCGUUGGGAAUAUAACUGGUGCACGUGUGUUGUUGUUUUUUCGAGGAUGUUUCUGACGUCCUUCUACUUCUGAAGUGUGACCGUGUCAAACACCGCGAAGGUACGUGUGUGUGGGAAUGAUUGUGACGUCUCGGAGGCGUGGUGGGAUUGGAGAUGUGAUGGCGACUCAGCUUGUGGAUUGGUUGUGGUGAUUUCUUUGCCGAGCAUCGAACUCGCUGAGUGGAAGGAAGAACAAGAAGCUUCACAAAGUCUUCACAAAGGUUCUUCCACUUUAUGUGGCUUGGCCAGGUCUCUGCUACCAUGCAGCAACAGCAGCAGCACAACAUUACACGGGGUUUCAUCAAGACAGCAGCGUUAUAUUAUGCAGGAUUUCUCAAGCCCACAAGGUAGACACUUCAUUUUCAAAGGCUCACUCAGUUCUGCUGCGUUCCAGAAUGAACCGCAAGUGACAGCAUCAUAUAGAACGAGGUUCGAACCAAAAUGGUUCGUUAUAUCUGAGCGUGCUCCUCAACCGAGAAUGACGUCAUCAUCCAGGCACCUGUGAAUGCCAACUCAGAAAUGGUAGCCGUUAACCGUUAUCUGUCAUUGAAAGUGCCGCUGACGGAUCAUCCGGAACCAUGUCCACCACGGCAGACGUAUCCUGAUCUAAGAACGGGCUCAGCGACGGCGCCAGCUGAACCGCGGUCUCCGGAGGAGGCCAUGUAGUACCCUUGCCAGCACCAUGUUGCCAGCCCAGCUCCUCGCGCUCGUCCUGUCAGCGGCGGUUGCGCUGCUCCCUGCUGCCCACGCCUUCUCCUGUCACCCCAAGUGCAAGUGCAUCUGGCGAGGUGGCAAGAAGACCGCCGAAUGUCCGUACGCUGCGCUCACUGGACUCCCUGAUGGAAUCGACGAAGGACUUCAGGUUCUUAACCUCACCAACAACAACGUCCAAGUGUUGCCGAAGAACGCGUUCUUCUCUUCAAAUCUUGUGAACGUCCAGAAACUCUACCUAUCCCACUGCAGUAUAGCUCACAUGGACGAUCGUGCCCUGUUCAAAGUGUCUAACCUCAUAGAGCUUGAUCUGUCAUGGAACAGCUUAGCUUCAGUGCCCAGUGGAGCUUGGAUUCAUGUUAAACAUCUCCGGACAUUGCUACUUAACGGGAACCCCAUAACUGUGUUGCCGGACAACGCGUUUGCUGACCUUAAGGAACUGUCUGCGCUAAUGAUGACAGAAUGCAGCUUAGAGACGAUUUCACCUGGUGCGUUUGAGGGCUUGAGCAACCUCAAUGUCCUCAAGUUGGACUACAACCGCUUGCAGACAUUAUCCGGGAAGGCGAUGUUGCCUCUUAAGUCCCUUCAUGGAAUUGCACUUGACGGCAAUCAGUGGCGCUGCGACUGCGACCUCCGCUCUUUUCGUGCGUGGUUGGAUAAAAGCAAGUUUGCAGUGUACUGGCCCAUAUGUCAACAGCCACCGCGUUUAAAAGGCAAGUUAUGGAACGCGGUCUCUGUCGAGGACCUCGCCUGUGCCCCCAUUUUCCUGAAUACAAAUCCAAGCGCUUUGGACUCCAUAGUGGCACAGGAACACAGCAACGUUACUCUGGAGUGCCGCGUACGCGCUGAUCCGUUAGCUGCUAUUGAGUGGUACUUGAAGGACGUCCUCAUCACCAACAAUACUGAAGGUGUGAACGCAGCGCAGGUGUUUUGGGUGACACAGCAAGUUGCUGGAGACAGAGAGAAGUUAUCCUGGCUCACUGUAACCUCCGUGCAAGAAAGAAAUGCUGGAGCGUACACCUGUGUUGCGAAGAAUAGCGCUGGUAAAGCAGAACACAACUACAGUCUAGCAGUUAACAGGAAAACGGCCAUCACUGAGGUGCGAGCGUCAGGAUCAUCUUCAGACGUCGAGAUGACAGAGCAGGCAAGAGAAUCCACAGAACAGCAGCAACGAUCUUACCGUGAGAAUCCUCUUAUCGGCAUGAUCAUCGGAAUCGUUGUCGGCGCUAUGGCAGUCCUUCUUGUAUUUGGCUUGGUCCUCUGGUUCUGUCGUCGAAGAGGGCGUCGAAGAAGUCAUCCUAGCACACGGAAAAAACGUACCGAAGUCGUAGUCAACCAUAAGGUCGUUAACCACAACGAUAUCGGCAAGGAACAGCUCCCUUCUGCAGAAGACACUCCAGACGUGAAACUUCUUGCCGUUGUGAACCCCGUUCAGAAGCCGCCUCGUCUGAUGAUGGCCGACAGUUACAAUGGCCUCCCUUCGGAACUUGAGCCGUUGGAUCCGAACCAAGAAAUGUGUACCCCGUCCGGUGUUUGGAUCUUGAAAGACCACGAGUAUUCAACUGACGAGUCUGUACUGUCUUCUGUCCCAUCCCGAGUAGGAACUAUUGACAGAAGGUCAAUAGCAGGAGCACGAAGCCCAAUUCCCGUACCAAUGCCCGUUGUCCCCCCGCCACCAGAUGACCUGCACUUCAGGCUUCAGAACGAACUCUCAGAUACGUUACGACGUACGAAGGGGGACAGACGGCCUAUCAUCGGCGACGACAGUUCAGACGGCCAUUCGUCCUUAUACGGUGGACUGGAAACCUUGCGCGUUAGGGACUUAGAAGGGAGGGUUCGGGGCAGUGUGGGGCCUGACCUCAUAGAUCAACUUGAAGACUCGCGGGGGUUGCAUCAAGAAUCACCAUCACCUCCACCCAUGCCUAUGGGGUCACACUGGGGUAGUUCGUACGAUCACCCUUCAGCGUACUACAGAACAGCUCCAGGUACUUCGUACCCGCAAGAACUGCCUCCAAGCAUUCCGGAAGCGACGGGUGACGGCACGGAAGUAUAGUGUGGCGUGCGUGAUACUGUCAUAAAGACCUGCAAAACAAAUUUUUAAACGUGUUCCUGCAAAACAUUGGCGACAUCGUGCGCCAGCGACUCCUUGUGCUGUACAUAACCGUUACUAUAGAUUACAUCAGGACUUUAAGAUGUGUUGUACAGUAUGGUGAAAGGCUGUAGUGAAGAAUAUAGUGUGUGCAGAUAAUGAUCUCAGUGAAACGGUGCAACACACACCUGAUGACACAUCUUGAGACUGGUCCCGCUGCGAAGUUGAGGUGAAAGGGUGGAUGGUGUCCUGUUGGAGCUUUUUAGUCAUUGUUAGAACACCACUGUAUCCGUGUAUUCGCACGAGCGACAUCUUCACGGAAUAUUCCAAUGGAAGAAAAAAGCGAACAAAAAAAAAACUGCUCACGGAGCCGAAGUUCCGCCCGGUGUUAUGUUGAGCAUUCAUACGGUGCCGGAAUAUCGGGAGUAGCGUACUACGCACUUAGCAGACGACACUUUGCAGACGACACCGUUAGCGUCUUUUCCUGUCGUCUGCUACGGAACACCUUGUGGCGCCACGGUUAGCAGUGUACGUGAAGACACGACGUUGAGCGCUCGCGCCCACGUGACAGCAGAAAGCUAUGACGUUUUUCGCAUCUUCCGCUGGAGUAUUCUGGGAAAUGUCGUUCGUGUGAAUACACGCUAUGCGGACAGAUUAAAGGGGCGCUAAAGUUCUAAAAAUUUCUCCUCGCGAAAUGAAGGAUGCCGUUACCUUGGUACCAACUCAAAGGGAACGGGACCGACCUCCCAUUGGUCUACUCAGAUGAUUUGCCCAAUCUCUUUAGGACACCAAUGGGACGCCGCUCCGUUGCUUGAGAAGCAGAGAAGAGGGAAGGUGAAAACUUCCGACAGGCGAAAUUUCUGCACUUUAGUGCCCCUUUAAGUUAUAAUUUACGACACAGCGCGAUUCUUACUUCCUCCACUGCAAUUGCAAGUGCGUGUCUGCUCCAUAUUUGGUUGGCGUGCAACUAUUAGUGUUCUGUAAGCGUGCAGAUUCUAAAGUCAGUGGGGAUACAUUGCUAUCUUGAGAACACUCGGUCUUGACAGCAGUCAGAGAUAAGCCAGAGAAAACGGCAGGUCCGUGUUCCUUACCUUCUGUGCAGCAAAUGGAGAUGGAUAACGCAUGCAAGAAAGCUUACUUGUAUCUAAUUCACCUUGACACGAAAGCUACCUCCGAAUAUGAGCGCCUGGGACGCACGCUGUUUCGUUGUCGCUCGAAAGAAUCCUCGAUCAUCUCAGAAAACAAGCUAAGGAGAAAUUUCAAUCUUUGGAAGGCAAUUUUAGCGCCCGAGACCAGCGGCACUUAAGGAAAUAGCUCUAUUAUGCAACGGCCGCAUUUAAAGAGCUGCCUCCAAUCUCGAAACCUCCGGCAAGAAAACUUCAGUGAGGUUCAAGUAUUUUCGUAUAGGUUUUUCACCUUAUGUGGUCUCACAAAAAAAAUUUAGAAGUAGGAGGGUGUUAUAUGGCUGGCAAUUUAAAUUCUCUCCAGUCGAAAAGCCUGGAAUCUCUUUCACGAGGAUCUAAAGGGAUGCAUAUACAGCUCAUAAUAUUGUCUCUAUGGAGUUACGUCCUUUGGUUGAUGCUUAGACGUGCUCAGACUAUAUAUUGCUCGGCGUUUUUAAACCUGGUCUCGCGAAUUCAAACCGCAUUUCAAUAAGCACUAAGCCCAAGAAGUUUCAUUUUCAUUUAUUUCUUGUCUUGUGUUCAAUGCUACCGAGAUUCAAGAAGAAAAGAAAUUUCACAGACAUUUGAAUGAAACGCCGGUUGCAUUUAUAUGGAUUAAAUGUCCGAAGAGACGAAUUAGGUUGCUUGCUGACAAGCACAAACAAUGACCACUAUAUUGUGGAAGCCAUUCAAAACGCAGGUCGUAUACUGUGAAGAAUAUGGCGACCAAACAUUGACUGACCUCUUUUGAGCGACAAGACUGUAAGAAACAGACAUAUCUGAGCUUGGUACUGAGUUGUCACUAACUUAGAAUUUCACUUAUUUAUUGAUUUCCAAAAGACAGGUCUCUGUAGAAAGAUUAUCACUUACCUUCUCCAGAAUCGGAGUGAAUACGUGUCUAGGUUCGCCGUGAAAAGUAAAAUUCCGAUGAAAUUAAAAAAAUAACUGCACUCAUGAAGUGAAUGAAAUUUGAAGCUCCUCCUAUUCGCCUUGCCACUUGCUAUACCGUAGAUAAUUAGCCUGUGGCCCCCAAUUUGGUAGUCGCUUGCAAAGCCCAAACCCCUAUAUUUUGCUGUUUUUCGUCUCUUUUUCAGGCUCAUCUGAUAAGUCUCGCCUAAGGCCUCGCCUAUAGGUCUCGCCUUUUUCGUUAUAUAGAUAUUUCUUUUUCUCCAGAAUUCUUCAUUUGGUACAGUGCAAAUUUCGGGCGUUAAAAUGUUAAAUCGUUGAAAUAAGUUAUUCGUAAACAGGAUGCAACACCUGCGUGAGUUGUUGGUGAAAACAGGUUAGCAUCUAUAGUGGUUAUCAGUUAACUAAUACCAAUGUGCGCGCACAGACAGUGAGUCAGUGUUACAAAAUGGGCGCCUACACCGCCACGUGAACUCACUUCGAACAGCGUUGAAGUCGACGACUUUGUAUAACUUGAUUGCGAAAGAAUGUGCCUUAGUCAGUGUGGGUCCUGCAAACAAACAAACAAAAGUACAGACGAUAAACGGCGCAAGUGUUUCUGUGGCCCCAGCGUCAAGACGCCCCUUUCCUGUUCAGAAGCUCAACUCGUUCGUGUGCACCGUGAACAAUGGAUGUGUUCGUACGAAAUCUAUAUUGCAGAGACUGGAAUAAAUCAUCGGGUGGAGCAAGUGAGUGUUCAUUCGGAAGAAAGACUAUCGCCCAUCGGUCAUCCUGGUUGUAUGUGUGGAUCAUUUGUACGUUCUUCGUUGUUGGCCAUCAUGUUGCUCCGACUGUAUGAUGUAUCGCUCCAAUGACGCGUUGGUUGACGGAUUUUGAUACAAAAAAAUGAAAACCAUG